UUUCUUAUAAAUCUCUCCCUCCGCCAGCACACACGACUGAUCAGAGAGAAAAAAAUAUGAUCAUGGAGCAAGACGAGCUCGAAGAAGGACUCCUGGUAAAAGAAGAAGAUGAAGCCAAGCCUGUUCACGAUGAAUCCAACCGCAGCAGUAGUAGCAUUACUGAUUCGUCGAACACCUCCUCCUCCUCUGCCUCCCCCGUCGUCAUCUUCAGUACUUUCACCGCCGUCUGCGGCUCCUUCUGCUAUGGCUGCGCUAUGGGGUAUUCCUCGGCAGCUCAGUCAGGGAUAAGGGAGGAGCUAGGUCUCUCUGUGGCCGCUUACUCACUGUUUGGUUCAAUUAUGACCCUGGGAGGAACAAUUGGAGCUUUGUUCAGCGGGAAGACAGCUUCUCUUUUUGGUCGAAGACAUACAAUGUGGUUCUCUGAACUAUUCUGUACUCUUGGCUGGCUCAUAAUAGCGUUGGCUAAGGAUGCUCGAUGGCUGGACAUUGGACGAUUUUUACUUGGGAUUGGAGUUGGAUUUGUUACUUAUGUGGUACCUGUAUAUAUUGCAGAAAUUACACCCAAAAAUAUUAGAGGAGCCUGUACUUUUGCUAAUCAGUUGAUGCAGAAUUGUGGGCUUUCACUCAUGUACAUAACUGGAAAUUUUGUCUCAUGGCGUCCCUUGGCACUUAUUGGUGCUAUUCCUUGUGCUGUUCAGCUUAUUGGUUUGUUCUUCGUCCCUGAGUCUGCUAGAUGGCUGGCAAAACUAGGUCGCCAAAAAGAGUUUGAAAUUGCUUUACAGCGUCUAAGAGGGAAGGAUGUUGAUAUAUCAGAAGAAGUUGCUACUAUCAGAGAAGGAAUGGAAACUGUUGAUGAUUCAAAUUCUGGAAUCCGGCACUUGUUUCAAAAGAAAUAUGCUCACGCCCUUACAGUUGGAAUUGGACUUAUGCUUCUGCAACAGUUUUCAGGAUGCUCUGGUGUAGCACUUUAUGCUAGCAGCAUUUUCGAACAAGCUGGCUUUCCAAUUAACAUUGGCACAACCACCUUAGCUCUUAUAAUGGUACCCAAAGCCGUAUUGGGACUAUUCUUGGUCGACAGAUGGGGAAGAAGACCUCUACUUAUGGCUUCUGCUUCUGGAAUGUGCUUGUGUUGCAUUCUGCUGGGGAUAUCAUUUUCCUUGAAGGCGGCUAAUCACUUCCCGGAGCUCACUCCCAUUUUAGCAUUCAUGGGUGUAUUGGGCUAUAUAAUGACGUUUGCUGUUGGGUUUGGAGGAUUACCGUGGAUCAUAAUGUGUGAGAUAUUUCCUAUAAAUGUCAAAGUUUCAGCCGGAAGCUUGGUCACUUUGGCCAACUGGUCUACUGGUUGGAUUAUUGCUUAUUUUUUCAAUUUUAUGUUGGAAUGGAGUCCCGCAGGAACAUUUUUUAUAUUCGCGGGGGCAUGUGGAGUGACAAUUGCGUUUGUCUACACUUUGGUACCGGAGACUAAAGGACUCACACUCGAAGAAAUUCAACGAGCAUCCAUUAUUACUCUGUCGCCAAUUAUAAUACCAAAAGUAAAUAAAUAAAUAAUCAACCCCUUUUUUCCUACGCUAAAUAAAUUGUAAAUUAGGAUAUACAUAUUUCUCAUAUUAAUCUGUAUUUAUUCAAAAAAAAAUUACGAUGGGUUUACCCACGUGUAGAAUAAUAAACAUUUUUAUGUAAAACACAAAUUUUACCUUGAUGAUUUUAGUGUAAUUCAGCUUAUGCUAUUUCUGUUCA